AAGAAUAGAAAAUGUCAAAUGUCAAAAACAAAACAAAGAAUAACCGCCGAAAACAGAAGCGAGGUGGAAGUAAAAAUUAUCAGUGAGAAGAAAAAAAGCACGCAUCUUAUGAUAUUAAUUUGUGGAAAUUAGAAAGAAAAGUGCUCAAAAUCCAGAAUCAACCCAAGUAAACACCAUGAGUGGGGGUCCUGAUUCAGAUGCGGCUGUGUAUGCUGCGCUGCAGCAGCAUUUCGGACACGAGAGCUUCAAAUCGGAUUUGCAGCAGGAUGCCGUAAAAUGUGCCGUGGAACGGAAACGCGACAUAUUCGUUUCCAUGCCCACCGGGUCAGGCAAGUCGCUCUGCUACCAGUUGCCAGGUGUGUUGUGCGAGAAUCAGAUAACCAUAGUGUUCUCACCGCUACUUGCUCUCAUCAAAGAUCAGAUUGAUCACUUGGGUAAGCUCAAGAUACGUGCAGAUUCGUUGAACUCAAAAAUGUCUGUAAAAGAGCGUGAUGCCGUCAUUAGUGACUUGAAAGCGAUGCGCCCCAGCAUACGUUUUCUGUACAUCACACCUGAGCAGGCGGCAACAUCAUUUUUUCAAGACUUAUUGCAAACGUUGGUGAAACACGACAAGAUUGCCUAUUUCGCUGUUGACGAGGCGCACUGUGUGUCACAGUGGGGUCAUGACUUCCGGCCAGAUUAUCUCAAGCUUUGCACUCUGCGGCGUAGGUAUCCCAAUAUCGUCUGGAUGGCGUUAACCGCGACUGCAUCGAGACAAGUGCGAGAAGACAUCUUCCAACAUUUGGCACUAAAACAGCCGGUUGCCAAAUUCACAACGCCGAGCUUUCGGCAGAAUCUGUUCUAUGAUAUAGUAUUUAAGAAUUCCAUAGAGGAUGACUUCCAGCAUUUAGCUGCAUUUGCAUUGUAUUGCUUCGGUGAUGUGAACGACUUCAAAAGUGUACCAGCAUCAAAACGAGGCUGUGGCAUUGUUUAUUGCCGCACUCGAGAGAACGUGGAACGUGUAGCCUAUGGUAUUUCAAAACAAGGAGUAGGUGCUGUCGCAUAUCAUGCCGGGCUAAAAGCAGCCGAACGGAUACAGGCACAGGAGCAAUGGAUGAACGGAGAGUACCCUGUGAUAUGUGCCACCAAUAGCUUUGGCAUGGGUGUGGACAAACCAUCAGUACGUUUCGUAGUGCAUUGGGAUGUGCCUCAAAAUGUGGCCGCCUAUUACCAAGAGUCGGGCCGCGCUGGACGAGACGGACUGCAAUCCUAUUGUCGCCUGUAUUAUGGACGCGAAGAUGUGAAGUCAAUACAAUUCCUAUUGCAAAGUGAUGUGAAUCGCUCUAGAAAUUCCACCUGUUCUGGCAAACAGGAGAAAGCGCAGCGCGCAGUGAAAAACUUUGAAGAAAUUGUUAGCUUCUGUGAAAGUCUACGCUGCCGACAUAGGCUAUUCUCUGACUACUUUGGCGAUCCACCACCAGACUGCAAUGGCCAAUGCGAUGUGUGCAAGCAUCCAAAGAAAAUUGAAAAGGCAUUGGAAAUGUUCCAUAAACUCUGUAUGGAUGGCAGAUUGAAAUCAGACGUAUCACUCGAAGAUAGCGCCGAUCUGUAUGAAGGUGGCCGCGCAGCUGCGAAAAGACUAAAAAGCGACUAUGGCGCAAGCGAUUCCGACAAUGAAUCGAAUGAAAGUCACGAAAAAAUGGCAAAGAGGGCCAAACGUGAAACGGAAGAUUUCAUACGAAAGCAGUUUCAACUACGAAAGCAAUUAAAUGCGGCGCGCGAAGUUGAAAAGGAAGGUAAAGCGCAGAUAACGCGCGUAAAGCAUGCACCUUCCAGUGGGGUCAAAGUUUCCGGACUCACGGCGGCCAUACGUGAGAACUACCUAAGUGCAGUUGUCAGUGCACUCAAAUUGAAUGUAGAACAGUGCAAAGAAGAUGAUCCGCGAAAGGACCUUCGUCAUCGUGAUUUCGAAGCCAUUGCCAUAGACAUCGAGUAUGACUGCUUUUCCAAGGUGAAAGUGGCUAAUAUGUAUCGACAUGCGAUGGCAAAAGAGCUUGCAGGCAUACGCCAACAGACGAACAAAGAGUUACUUAUGCCAAUACUACGCGACUAUGUGGCACGCCCGGAAACAAGUACACAUAGUGUCUGGACCGGCGGUAGCGUUGAGUAUUUCGAACGAAAAUUGAAGGAGUUAGAAAGUUCCCGACCAUCAUCGCCCAGCACAACUGCCGCAGGCAACUCUUCCAAAGAUCUCCCGAAAGCGUUGCGACAUAAGAAGAGUUACAAACAGGACACGGCCAAACAGACGACCAUUGGAAGUUUUUUUGAAAAAAGUCAGAAAAUUAAGAGUGAAGAAGCAGAGUGUUCGCCAGUUAGCAGCAGUGGGGACAGUCAAGGUGUCGAAGCCAAUGAGAAUGGCAAAAUAAAGGCAGAGCCUGAAAAGCUCGAAUAUUUGGAGCAAAAACUAAUUGAAGAAGGAAAUAAUGACGCAAAUUCUACCGAUUUUAAAGAAGAACAUUUGAAAAAGGAAAAUACUUUCGAAGCUGACAAAGAAGAUAAAAUAGACGAUGAUCUUGAAGACAUAAGUGACAAGGACAUAAACUCAAAUGAAUUUAAAAUGAGCGAAGAUGAUGAAGUGCAUGGCACAGAUGAGGACAAGAAGGUCCGUUCCGAUAAGCAAGUUACAAAACCUAUGGGCCAAAUGGAUUCUUUGUUUGGCAACGAGGAUUGGGACGACCCCGCGGAAGAGAUGUUGGAAAGCUCAAUAACUAAAUACUCAACUAAAAAAGAAGAGGGCAAAAUUAAGUCGCUAUUUGGCGACGAAUCAGAUAUAUCCACAACAAACAAAUCGGACAGUUCCACCCGGGGUGCCGCGCGAAACGAAGAGGAUGAGUACUACGAGGUGCAGACACAUCACAAGCGAAAGCACAGAAUGUCGCACUACAGCAAAUCGAAAGAGAAAUCGCCAUUGCAUAGUUACAAGUCUAUAGUCAGCUACGACGCCUACUAUCAAUCAGCAUCCAGUUCUACCGCACACCACCACAAAGCAUCAACUAGUUCUACAUUAACCUCGCAUCAAUACAAAUCUGAUUCAUCAUCUGCCAGUUCGUCAUCGCGACGCAAACACAAACACAAACAUCACUCCAAGCACAAGCACAAGGAUGACGAUUUGGAUGAGCUAGAAAUGUACGAGAAUUCGUCGUCGUCUACGAAGUGUAAAUACCAGGACGCUUUUGAGGAUUCAGUCAAGUAUGAAAAGUCAGUGAAGGAAAAGCUAAAAGCACUGCGCGCGGAAUGGCAGGAGUUCGAAGGCGAAUCAGAUAAGAAACUGGAAGAGUCCGAAGAUUCAUUAGACGAACUAGAACAACUUGCAUUAAGUAAAAGGAAAAUAGAAGAGGAGCUAAAAGCAUUGGAAGAGCUGGAAAGAGCUGCGGCGGAAUCGGAAAAGUGUGCUACGCAGAAAAAGGCCUCGAAGGCUGAAGAGCAAAGUGUGCCGAACGCAGAUAUGAAGUCCAAUGACAAAGAAAUAUCUAAAAACACAAUCGCAGCCACACUGCGAGCUGAAGAUGCGGCAAGACAAGCCGAUUGGUAUGCAGCAAAACGGAAGAAGGAGCAAGCCGCACUGACCGAAAGUGAUAUGAAUGGCAGUAAGUCGAAAUUUGCUGUGCCGAAAUUCGGAAAAAGUGGCGAUAAUCCAAAUUUCGGUGAGAUAAUAGCGAAAAGCGGCGAAUACAGAAAACCAGUGCUUAGACCGGAUCAAAAUUCAAAGCACUCCUCUAAUGAAAGACAGGCUAGACUUAGCGCUGCUAAACAUAAAGCCGAUGUGAGUAAAUCCGUAGUGGAUUUACUGAAUCCUUAUUAUAAAAAGAAGAUUGCUACGAAAGAGCUCUUCAAAACUUUGGCCAAAAGGAUAACAACGCGCGUAUGUGACGGCAAAUUGGAAACCUCGCACUGCAAGUCAUACAUCCGGGACACUUUUCUCACGAUAACCGAGAUCGCAAUAGAUGCAGAUAUUGAGAAAUACUUUCCACUUACUUGAAGAUACCGCUGGCGCAAUCCUCAACUACUGCACUCCCUCAUUAAUCUUGCGCUUCGGCGUUGCCGAUGCCUCGAUACUUUUCAUGGAAAUCAUUUACCAGAAUCGCUUUGCAAGCCCACCUGGCGUUUCAUAAAGCACUCCCAAAUUAAUUUUUUAUUUUACUAUCAAAAAUAUAUUUAUCAACAGCACAGCUAAACUUAUACACUUCGGUUUGUAUUAAGAAUGCUUUUAACUAGCUCCAGUUCGGUAGAAUUCCCUAUGUGUUGCAACAGUAGUAUAAAGCAACUAUUUUGCCAUUGAAUUUCGGAGCGCACCAUCGCUCAUUUACUUCAAUAGCUUCAGGGCUCAAAAACCCAAAAUGUUGGGGGAAAACGUGCUCAAAGUUUUCAAUUCACUAUGGCUCCCUAAGAGAAACUCAAGACAUACUCGUAUUUUCAUCUAAUGAGAAACUGUUAAUAGGUAUCGCCAGGAAUAUUUUGCAAAAGCUUCCAAGGAAAGCUUGUGGCCAUCUCUCCAUACUUGUCUAAAAACAUUUUUUUUCCAUCAUAAGACUAUUGAAGUAACCACGAAGCUCCGUUGGCGCAGGACCAACCUGCAGACGAACAAGAAGUGUACAUGUAAGCAUAUAUUCAUAUGUAUGUAAUGUAUUGCCAUGAAAGGUAUUUUUUAUUUAAGUCUCCAAAAUUCAGUGUGUACGUUGCUUAAUCUGAAUAAUUAACUUAAGCUUCGCUAUUUCUAAAAAUAUGAAUUUUUAGGGCUCAGUAAGUAAAUUGAUUACUAAAUUUACGUUGCCAAUUAUAAAUGGUAAAAUUUAUAUGUAAUUUGUGUUGCUGGCUGUAAGUGGCUUUUGUUUCCUAUACUUACUCAUUUACAUAUAAACUACUUUCAGAAAUUUAAAUGUUUUAGAAUGUAAGGGAGUAUUUAAUUAAUAUAAAUCGUACAUAUAAA